GUUAAGUUGGAAGACAAUGAAUAGCUGAGCGGGCCCUAUAAUUGGGCCGGCCCAUUCUAUUAUCUUUUUAUACGACAUUUCUUCUUCUAGGGUUUCACAAGUCUUGUCGCACAGAGCUUUUCCAGCCGUAAGCCAUGGUGAACGUUCCUAAGACAAAGAAGACUUACUGCAAAUCAAAGGAGUGCAAAAAGCACACCUUGCAUAAGGUUACACAGUACAAGAAGGGAAAAGAUAGCUUAGCUGCUCAGGGAAAGCGCCGUUAUGAUCGGAAGCAGUCAGGUUAUGGUGGUCAGACCAAGCCCGUCUUCCACAAGAAGGCAAAAACGACUAAGAAAAUUGUGUUGAGGCUGCAAUGCCAAGGCUGCAAACAUGUCUCCCAGCACCCAAUCAAGAGGUGCAAGCAUUUUGAGAUUGGUGGAGAUAAGAAGGGGAAAGGAACAUCACUUUUCUAAGUGCCCUGAUACAGUAAUUGGAACUCUUUGGUUUUGCCCCAUUGUGUUGGAAUUUACUACGCCAGUGUUGUUUAGUAAUCGAGCUAUGUUUAUGAUGAAAUAUCAGGCAUCAUGUGACUCAGUUUUCUGUUCUGAUAUUGGAUUUAGUUUUUCAAUCAUUUAUUCCUAGUUAGCUCCCAUCAAUUGAUUAGUUUGUUCACUCGCGGUACUUUGCCAAUUAGUCACCCGUCUCUAUGUGGAAUUUGUUGCAAUGCUAAUUGCUUUCGUGCACUUCAAUUA